GCAAGGGGCGGGGCUCUGCGGGAUGACGUGGCGACGUGCGCAGUGACGGCUGGCGCUCUUGUACCUCAGCCGAGCGGCGGAGGCAGGAGGACGCGGCCCGGAUCCCGGACGAGCUCGGUGGACCGGCUAGCCAGCGGCUUGGGUUCGGACGCCUGUCCUGUCCUCUUCCUCUCCCGGCCGCCCCCAGGGUGUCUCCAAGGGGCCUUCCUCCCUUCCAUACUCGCUUAAUUUCCCCGGGUCUUGAAAAUAAUUGAAUGAUUUAAAGGUGCAAGUUCAAUGACUGUUGGGGAUACCAGGAUCAUAGAGGAAAACUACAUGUGAAACGCUUCUGAGUGAAUUUUGGAUGAAGCCAUCAAAUUAAUUAUUUGCCAUCAUGAGUAGAAGCAAGCGUGACAGUAAUUUCUAUAGUGUAGAGAUUGGAGAUUCUACAUUUACUGUACUGAAACGGUAUCAGAAUUUAAAACCAAUAGGCUCAGGGGCCCAGGGAAUAGUAUGUGCAGCUUAUGAUGCCAUUCUUGAAAGAAAUGUUGCAAUCAAGAAGCUAAGCCGACCAUUUCAGAAUCAAACCCAUGCCAAGCGGGCUUAUAGAGAGCUUGUUCUCAUGAAAUGUGUUAAUCACAAAAAUAUAAUUGGCCUCUUGAAUGUGUUCACACCACAGAAGUCUCUAGAAGAAUUUCAGGAUGUUUACAUAGUCAUGGAGCUUAUGGAUGCAAAUCUUUGCCAAGUCAUUCAAAUGGAGCUAGACCAUGAACGAAUGUCCUACCUUCUCUAUCAAAUGCUGUGUGGAAUCAAGCACCUUCACUCUGCUGGAAUUAUCCAUCGAGACUUAAAGCCCAGUAAUAUAGUAGUAAAAUCAGACUGCACUUUGAAGAUUCUUGACUUUGGACUGGCCAGAACUGCAGGAACUAGUUUUAUGAUGACACCUUAUGUAGUGACUCGUUACUACAGAGCACCCGAGGUCAUCCUAGGGAUGGGCUACAAAGAAAACGUGGAUUUAUGGUCUGUGGGGUGCAUUAUGGGAGAAAUGGUUUGCCACAAAAUCCUCUUUCCAGGAAGGGACUAUAUUGAUCAGUGGAAUAAAGUUAUUGAACAACUUGGAACACCAUGCCCUGAGUUCAUGAAGAAAUUGCAACCAACAGUAAGGACAUAUGUGGAGAAUAGACCUAAAUAUGCUGGAUAUAGCUUUGAGAAGCUCUUCCCAGAUGUACUUUUCCCAGCUGACUCAGAGCACAACAAACUUAAAGCUAGUCAGGCAAGGGAUUUGUUGUCAAAAAUGCUGGUUAUAGAUGCAUCUAAAAGAAUCUCUGUGGAUGAAGCUCUCCAGCACCCAUAUAUCAACGUCUGGUAUGAUCCUUCAGAAGCAGAGGCACCUCCACCAAAGAUACCGGACAAGCAGUUGGAUGAAAGGGAGCACACAAUAGAAGAGUGGAAAGAAUUGAUAUACAAGGAAGUUAUGGACUUGGAGGAAAGAACUAAGAAUGGAGUUAUACGGGGUCAGCCGGCUCCUUUAGCACAGGUGCAGCAGUGAUUAGUGGCUCUCAACAUCCAUCUUCAUCAUCGUCUGUCAAUGAUGUGUCUUCAAUGUCAACAGAUCCAACAUUGGCCUCUGAUACAGAUAGCAGUCUAGAAACAUCAGCUGGACCUCUGGGCUGCUGUAGAUGACUAUUUGGUCAGGGGUGGGAGGGUAGAGGGAGGGGGGAUGCAGGAGGGAAGGGGAUUCAUUUAGGUAUUGAUAGAACUACUUUGAAAACAAUUCAGUGGUCUUAUUUUUGAGUGUUUUGUUUUUUCCCAAAAAAUGUAGGAUUCAUUUUUUAAAAAAAUAUCAAGUGCUGUAAUUUAAAACUGUAAGUUGUUUUUAAAAAUGCCACAAAAUAUAUUGUGGUUUUUUUUGUUUGUUUGUUUGUUUUUGCUGUAAUUAUCUGUAUAAUGUAAACCUAAUAAUUUUAUCAUGGUUUAAAAUUUUUGCCUAUUUGCUUUACCUUAUGCUGCUGAUUCAUUUUUAACUGAAUUUGAAAGCUUUGUUUUAUCAAAGCAACUAUUAUGUGGUGACUUGCCUUUAUCAUGAAUUAUUUAAGAUUUUAUAGUGGUUUUUUUAUUAGAAUUUAUUCCAGAUGUUUUGUUCAUGACAAUAUCCUUCAGGGUUAUGUGCUUGUCAUUAGUUUAUUCCCUGGAGAAAGAGGUAAGAUAUAUCUCUGUAGCCAGUUAUAUUCAGGUAUAAUUACUGUAAAUGAUUGAGUUAAACCUCCAAUUCUUGCUAUUUGCCCAUCUUAAUUUAGUCAAAACAAUUAGUAGGAAACCCAACAUAAUUUCUUGUCAAAGUCACUUCAUCUGAAUGGCAGAAUAAUGCAAAGCAUGUCUUUCUAAGAUGCCAUAUAUUCAGCCUACCCCCAAAAUAAAAAAAAGAUACGGUGUAUUCUUCACAAUUAUGGCAUGCUAAAAGCUUAUGAUCACAUCAAGUCAAGAGGAUACUUCAUGAAUAAUACAUUUCAAUGCAAAUAAACAUAUGGUUUACUUCUACUAGCUAUUAGCCUGUUUUUGUACACACAAAAGCUAAUCUAUCUUUCUAGGACACAGAUCCCCAGAAAUGUCCUGGAGUCCCUCUAAAUAGAUUUCAUCUUCAGAUAGCCUUGGCUCCUGACCAUUUCUGAUUUCCUAUUACUUGGUAUCAGAAUCAGCUGAACACCUAUUUUUGGUAGGGGAGGGAAGAGGGGAAACUCAUUUCCUGGCCAGUUGUUUCUCUUCAUUUAGAUGUAGCAUAUUCCUAUUAUCUACUAGCUGUCGGGAUGUCCCAGAACCUACUUAGAAAUCUGUAGGUAUCAUAUAAGCAAUACUGUUAAUCUUAAAAUAGUACUGCAUAGCCAUAUAUAAGAUAUCUUUUUCUAAGGCCUUGCUCCUUCAUAUAAGUAGAGGAGGAAUAAAUGGUGGGUUCUUCUUUAGCCUGAGUCUUUAAUUUUUGAUAACUUAAUUUUCAAUAAAACACCUAAUACAGUCGCUAAGUAGUGUAAAAUGGUGCUGCUCCUGACAAAUGUAUGUUAAUUGUUUACAUUUUAUAUUUGCAAAAUUAUUUCUCUGGAACUGAACUUUUUCUUAGGUAAAGCAAUCAUUGAAAUCUCAUUUCAAAAAAUGCACAUUUUCAGUAAAAAUUUUUGACUCUUGAUCACUUUUUGAAGAAAAAGGGAUUUGUGUAGUGAGUUGAAAUAGAACAAACAUCUAAGUUUUUGUUCUAGUUCAUUUGAAAUUUUUAUUCUAUUUUUUAAUUUAUUUUUUUUUUAAUAGCAAAUUCCUAGGCCCAGGAGAAUUAAUGACCAGAAUUAGGAAAGGAGCUCAUUUUCAGUUUCUGGAAGUUCACUAGAUGUUCGGUCAUGUAUUUAUUUUGGGGAAAUAACCUUUUGUGUAAGAUAUUUUAGAUUAUUGUUAGCACUCAGUAUUUUAAAAUAUUGCUUUAAUUUAGCUUUUUAGUAAAUCUUUAAAAGGUGAAAUUAUUGUUGAUGCAUUAAAGCAGUGAUUCCUACCAUUCUUAGAAUUGCAAUACCCAGCUGUCUUAUUUUUUGACACUCUUCAAAGGGGCAACAUGGCUGUGUGUUUUUUUUAAUUAAAAUUAAUUGAAGUUAAUUUAUUUUUGAGAAUUGUGAGACACCUUUUGAUUCAUAAAACCAAGACUGAGAAUCAGUCUUCAAGUUUCUCAUGUGAUUGUGUUCUUUUGACUUUGACAGGUUAGUUUAACAGUUUCUUCAUUUUUUUCUCUUAAUAGGUUAGGUCACUAUUGCACUUUAAAAGAUGUACUUUCUAGAUUUAUCUUCCUGUAGAAUCUCACAAUACUUUGUAUUUUUCUUUUUGGGUUUUUUUUUUUUAUGAUGGGCCAUCAGAGUAGAAAAGUAACAAAGUAAAUAAUACUUACCUCCUACCAGCAAAUUGUUGUUUUAUUUAAUAAUUUGUUUUAUUUUUAUUUCAUUUCCCACUGGCCCAAAUAUUGGCAAGGAAAACUAAAUGUUCUUCUAUCUAUAACUUUUUAAAAGUGCCAGCUACCACUUGAAAAAACCAGCAUUUGUCAGCUAAAUUCAGAAAAUAAGAACUUUUAUUCCCUAAAGUGAUCUAAAAUAUUCAUCAACCUAUAUAUUGAUCAUACGGUUUAGUUUGGCUAAGUGUUGUCUGUGUCUGAGAUUUAUAUGGCACAAAUUCUUAGCACUACUUAACUAGAUUUACAUUUUAUAAUAGUGAGGGUGUCUAUGCACAAGUUCCUUUUUAUGUUAUUUUUUAAAAUUGUUCUGAUCUUUAAGGCAUCUUAACUAAAUAUAUAUAGUUUUUUUUUAAUGGAAGUCACAAAUGAGAUUGCCAUGGCUAUUUAUGUAAAACAAGCUUGCAUAUUUUAUAAUUUUGAUGUUUUUUUCCAGGAGGAACUUAAAAUAUGCCUAUCAGUUUACGCUAUGAAUAUUAAUGUUAAGUCAAGAUGAGUUAGUCAUAUUUGUAAGCUGGGAGAUCAGUAUUUUGCUGUUCCACUUCCAUGCUGUACUUUUACAUGCUAAUUUUUAUUAAGCAUCAAUUUUAAAAUGAUUGUAUUGUUGGCUUCUGUUUAUUUGGACCACAUAUCCAUGCCAAUCAUCUUUCUUCCGUUCAUUUUAGAAAUCUUAUUUUAUAUUGCCACAUACUGUCAAUCAGUCUGGCUGUUUUGAUGUUUGCUAUUCCAAGUUGGGAAAGGCACUGUUACAUCCUUCUCAGGCUUUCUAGAAGAAACUGAAAGCUCUUUAAAUAGAGAUACUACUACACCAAACUUCUUGAAAUACCAUGAAUUUGAUUGUAAUGAUAAAAGCCUUACUUGUUAAAUCUUACUUUCUUUUCUGACUGAUUCUCCUAAUCCUGCAGUAUUGUCUAAGAAGAGGAAGCUAGAAAAGACAUGACUUUUGUAGUGGAAAUCAUCAGACAAAUGAAGCAAUCUCCUGGGUUACCAAACAACUUGGUUCACCUUAUAGGCCAGUUUCUGCUACACAUAUGAAGACAACUACUCAGUGUUGCCUAGACACUCACUUGUAUUCCAUUUUGAUCUAAAUCAUAUAUAGUCCAUUUUCAAGAAUGCUACUGUAGUCUGUUCAUGUGUAUUGUUCUUUAGCAACACAUUAGAUAGUGGAUGCAUGAAGCCCCACAAACCCCUGUUAAGAUUCUACCAAUAGUGGAAGGAUUCAAAUAUCAUCAUUGUUUUGUCAGUAACUCUUUGGGUACUGCCUAUAUAAAUCCUUUUAUAUUUUAGUAUAUGAUGCAUAUAUGUAUAUAUAUAUUGUAUUUUAUGUUUGAUCUUUAGAAGCCUUUUUUUCUACUGAGAUUUUCAGAAUAAGCCUUUUUUUUGUUUUUUGUCUUUUUUCACUUAAUGACAGCAAGUUGAAGAAUUGAAGGGCAUUGAAGCAGAGAUGUAUAGUAUGGGGUAAGAUUAGAAACCUCAUGAAAAAAAAAUCACUUAAAGCUGUUCUGGUUCACUUAAUUGCUCUUAGUUAAGUGCUCUUAAGGAGAGUCUAGUAAGAGUAACACUUUACUAAUCAUUUCUGGUAUAAUUUUCUCUCCAUUUACUGAAACUUGUGAUAAGUAGACCUGUGGAUUAGCUUUGCACAAUGUUUCCACUUCCACAAUGGCUUAUAAAUUAAACUAGGUUUUUAUUGAACUACCUCACACUAAUUUUCUAUGCUUUCCUGAGUAAACUGUUGCCCUUACUAUUAGACCUUUGCUGAAUGUGAACUGUAAGUGUGUUUUUCUAAUUCCUUUAUGGCCAAUGUUGAGAUGAUACCAGUAAGUAUGUAAAAUGUAUCAUUUGCAUAAGUAAGAAGCAUUCACAUGUAAAUCCUUUUUUUGACUGUAUUUCCUGGAAAGUUGUGUUAGAUGUGAUUGGUGAAUUGAUUAUUGUCUGUUUUUGUAAGUAAAGAUCUAGUAGUAUCAGUCCAUUCUUUACAUUUUACAAAAGGAAUAAAUCUUAGUAAAUUUUA